GACCCGGCAGCAUUAAACCGUCGCAGCGCAGCGUGCUGGGGUGGUCUCGUCUCUCGUCUUCACCACCACUAUCUUCCCACGACCCGGGCGCCCCACGCCGGCCAGGCUUCACUCCCAGACCGUCUCGAGCCCGUCGUCGCACUCCGCCACCAUGUUCGAAGCGCGCCUGGUCCAGGGCUCUAUCCUGAAGAAGGUGCUGGAGGCGCUCAAAGACCUCAUCAACGAGGCCUGCUGGGACAUCAGCUCGAGCGGCGUGAAUCUGCAGAGCAUGGACUCGUCGCACGUCUCGCUGGUGCAGCUCACCCUGCGUUCCGAGGGCUUCGACACGUACCGCUGCGACCGCAACCUGGCCAUGGGCGUCAACCUCACUAGCAUGUCCAAAAUACUAAAGUGUGCCGGCAAUGAAGACAUCAUUACACUAAGGGCUGAAGAUAAUGCAGAUACCUUGGCCCUAGUUUUUGAAGCACCAAAUCAAGAGAAAGUUUCAGACUAUGAAAUGAAGUUGAUGGAUUUAGAUGUUGAACAACUUGGGAUUCCAGAACAGGAGUAUAGCUGUGUAGUAAAAAUGCCUUCUGGUGAAUUUGCCCGUAUAUGCCGAGACCUUAGUCACAUUGGAGAUGCUGUUGUCAUAUCCUGUGCAAAAGAUGGGGUGAAGUUUUCUGCAAGUGGAGAACUUGGAAAUGGAAACAUUAAGUUGUCACAGACGAGUAAUGUUGAUAAAGAGGAAGAAGCUGUUACCAUAGAGAUGAAUGAGCCAGUUCAGCUAACUUUUGCACUGAGGUACCUGAACUUUUUUACAAAAGCCACUCCGCUGUCUCCUACAGUAACACUCAGUAUGUCUGCAGAUGUGCCCCUUGUUGUAGAAUAUAAAAUUGCUGACAUGGGACAUUUAAAGUACUAUUUGGCUCCCAAGAUUGAAGAUGAAGAAGGAUCUUAAGCCUGGAUAGAAUCUGAGACACAGCCUUUGAGAACUGCUUUUCAGAUGCCAGAACGUUCUGAAGUCUGUCUUUCACCAAAUUUGUGCCUGAGUACAUAUGUAGAUAUCUUCUGUAAAUAACCUAUUUUUUCUCUCCAUUCUCUGCAAUUUGUUUAAAGAAUAAAAUCCAAAGUCAAAACUGGUCUUAACAUGUAUUUCAGCCUUAGAAAUACUUAAGGUGUUUAUAUAUAUAUAUAUAUAUUUUUUUUAUAUAUAUAAAACAAAAGGGACUUUGCUAAGUGCAGUUUUCAGAAAUGUUUUUCAAUUUAAAUAAAGUUAACUGAAUUUCAAGUCAUAGCACUUUGCCCUCAUUUGAACCAUGACUUUUGUCAAUUGCAUACUGAAUUUUCAGUGGAAGUUGCCUUUUUCAUGUAAAUGGUAUGUCUACCCCCUCCGGUUUAGAGCAGCAUUAUGAGGAUGGCAAUAAAAAGUAUUUUGUGUGUAAUAGGUGACUGGAAAAUUCAUUGUCAGACUUACUUGAUACUGUAAUUUGAGUUUAUGGGAGAUUAGAAAAAAAAUCCUGUGUAUUCAUUUUACAAGCCUUAAAAGCCUUGAGAGAUGUGAUGGGACCCGGAGUUUAGUUGUACAAAAAUUUCUCUAUAAUGACUAUGUAACUUUGAGACUUGGCUCUUCAGACAGGC